AUGUCGGACUAUGCCGUUAAAGAAGCGCCGCGAGAGCCUCCGUUUCGGAGAGACGUUUUGUCGAGAAGCGAUGCGCCCACCAAGCCACUCCUGCCCGCGACUUAUCGCAAUAGACAUCAUAUGGUUCGACUCGUCAACGUCGAUAUCCGCUCUUUCCUCGAAUGCGAACUGGAUGUCGACCGUUUGAACCGGAUCCACAAGUGGCUCUGGCUGGUAGGCCUUCCCGCGGCUCCGCGACCCCUACAUUAUCAGGCCCUGAAGAAAAGGGAGAUCGCCGUCGCUGAGCAGCUCGAUCUUCACCUCGUCUGGUCGCCAUCCCGCAUCUUCAUCAAGCCGCUUCCAAGAUUCCUGCUGUGCCCUGCGUUCUGGCGAGCCAGCAUUUGCCCGUCCGAGCUCCUGUAUCGGACGGCGUAUGGCUUCUUACUGUCUUAUAUCGCACUCGUUGAACGAGAGAUUGACUAUAAUAUUGCCAUCGAAAAGGGUCUGAUACCGAAGGAAAUCACGUGGCCGGACUGGUUGGCGUUCGCCGAGGAGGUGAUGUUGACGUCGGCGCAGACGAGGGCAUACCUAUUCCAGCCUUCGACAACAUCGCUUUCGUCGUUGGAAAUGCAUAUGCCGGUUAACCCACGUUUCUUCUAUGGCGAGCUGCGUGUGGGCCGACUGAACUGGAUCUACCGGCUGGUUCUGGGCCAUCCUCGGGGAUAUUGGAGUGGAUGCACGACAUACGGUGCAUUUGUGCGCGAAAACAUCAACUCACUUAUCAGCUUGUUUGCGUACACUACCAUAGUGCUCUCGGCAAUGCAAGUCGGACUGGCAACAUCGUUCCUCGCCGAGGACUACGCUUUCGGUAUGGCAUCGUACGUCUUCUCGGUGUUUUCGAUCGCAGCGCCUCUCGUGGCCAUAGCAGCGAUCCUCGGCGUACUUGGAGUGUUGUUUACGAUCAACCUACUGCGGACAUUGAGGAUCCGAAGAAAGAGGAAACGCCAAGGUGCCGGCGUCUGA